GCGAGAGGGGGGAAACCUGAAAAAAAAAAAAAUCAGCCAACCUUGCCUGGCGAGGAGUUGCUGCUGGAUGGAAUAUGUCACCAUUAACAAGUGAUCAGAUUGGAAAGCGCACGCUCUCCCUUUCGCAGUCGAGAUGGAUUAGCCUGAAGGGCUCCCGUGUCUUGUGCCUGGGCGCUUGGCAUUUUAAAUGAGAUCCAAGCGAGUCCUGGAAGAGCAGUAGCACUUACAUUCAGCGGGGGAACAGUGCAUCUCCCAUAUUAAGACUUUUAUGAUGAAUCUGUGUCCAAAUAAGGGAAAAGACUGUUUAUUACCCGAAUGUGAUGAGAGCUGACACAUCCCCUUCUUUUUCUAAUGAAACGCUGUUUAGUGCCGGGGGAGCCUCACGUUGCUAAUCCCACUCCCCCCACUGCCGCUGCUCUCGCUCUUCAUAACGUCAAGCAGAAAAGAAAACCAAGGAGGUAAAGGGAGGCAGCGCUUUGUGCUGAAAAGACCAUUUUAUUUUUUGUAACCUGUUCUACUUUUGUUUUGGUUUCCUAAGACUUUAGCUUUGUGUGGCUAAAGAACAAACUGUGCGGAUGGCGUUUGCCUUGAAUAAAACUAGCCCCGCAGUGCUAUAAGGGAAGAGUUCCGAGUUUAUAGGAAAAACAUUACUUUUAGAAUAAAAAAAUAUGAUUUUUUUUUUUUUUUUAAAUGUAAGAAUCCCAGUCUGUGAAAAUUAAUCUAUAACCAUCGGAAGGGGCAUCUCUGUGGGUAACUUUUUUUGUGCACAGUUGCCUUUGCUGAUCUCCAUUAGCAUGCAGUGUCAGAUGUGUGUUUAAUGAUUUCAUUUGCUGGUGUCCCUGUUAGCUCACAUAUAGACUCCCUCUCUUGUUUUCCAGCAGCCUCACUAGGGCUCAGAGAGAAGGACAGUGUUCUAGUGUAGCCGUGGCUCUCUGACUGGGUACCACUUCUUGCUCAAACCCUGGAUGUGAUGAGAGCCAGUGCUCUGGGCAGCAGAAUCCUCAGCACCCCCUUUCUCUUUCCACUUUUCUCUGCUGAUCGCUUUCCCUGAUUGCUUCUGCUUUGAUUUUCUUCCCAUUUUCCAAGGGAAAAAGGAAAACAAUUCUUCCAGCAAGCCGCUACACACACACAUAUUUUUUAUUGCUGGAUUUUCUUCAAGUGAUGCCUGCCUUUCUCCUGAAGAUGGUGGUAAUUUGAGGUCAAACUGGUUUUAAACAUUCUUGAGCUGCCCACCAGACCUGGCGCCCUCAUGGCUUCUGGGGUUGCAGCAUGGCUUCCCUUUGCAAGGGCUGCAGCAAUUGGGUGGAUGCCAGUGGCCAACUGCCCCAUGCCAUUGGCACCAGCUGACAAGAACAAAAAACAAGAUGAGGUGAUAAUUUUAAAUGUCAGCGGUCGCCGGUUCCAGACUUGGAGAACUACCCUGGAGAGGUACCCUGAUACACUGCUGGGAAGCACUGAAAAGGAAUUCUUCUUUAAUGAGGAGACCAAGGAAUACUUCUUUGACCGUGAUCCUGAAGUCUUCAGAAGCAUCCUUAAUUUUUACAGAACAGGCAAGCUGCAUUAUCCCAGGUAUGAGUGUAUCUCUGCUUAUGAUGAAGAACUUGCUUUUUAUGGGAUAUUGCCUGAAAUCAUAGGGGACUGCUGCUAUGAAGAAUACAAAGACAGAAAAAGGGAAAAUGCAGAAAGGUUGAUGGAUGACAAUGAAUUUGAGAACAAGCAAGAAGCCAUGCCCUCACUAAAUUUACGCGAAACAAUGUGGCGAGCCUUCGAAAAUCCCCAUACCAGCACUUUAGCCUUAGUCUUCUAUUAUGUAACUGGCUUCUUUAUUGCAGUGUCGGUCAUCGCCAAUGUUGUAGAAACUGUGCCCUGUGGCACUGUGCCUGGAAAUAAGGAGCUUCCCUGUGGUGAAAGAUAUCAAGUAGCCUUCUUUUGCCUGGACACUGCAUGUGUCAUGAUUUUUACAGUUGAGUACCUUUUGAGACUUUUUGCAGCCCCAAGUCGCUACAGGUUCAUGAGAAGUGUCAUGAGCAUCAUCGAUGUAGUGGCUAUCAUGCCAUACUACAUUGGCUUAGUAAUGACCAACAAUGAGGAUGUGAGUGGCGCUUUCGUCACCUUGCGAGUAUUCCGGGUCUUCAGGAUUUUCAAGUUUUCUCGCCACUCCCAGGGCUUAAGGAUCCUUGGAUACACCCUAAAGAGUUGUGCUUCUGAACUGGGAUUCCUGCUCUUCUCAUUGACCAUGGCAAUCAUUAUCUUUGCCACUGUGAUGUUUUAUGCUGAGAAAGGGUCAACAUCCAGCAAAUUCACAAGCAUCCCAGCUUCCUUUUGGUAUACUAUUGUUACCAUGACAACACUUGGAUAUGGGGACAUGGUUCCCAAGACUAUCGCAGGGAAAAUCUUUGGUUCCAUUUGCUCACUGAGUGGUGUGCUGGUCAUUGCACUGCCUGUCCCUGUAAUUGUGUCAAACUUCAGCCGGAUUUACCACCAGAACCAGCGUGCUGAUAAAAGACGAGCACAAAAGAAAGCAAGACUUGCAAGAAUUAGGGUGGCUAAGACAGGAAGUUCCACGGCCUACCUGCACAGCAAGAGGAAUGGUCUUCUUAAUGAAGCUUUGGAGCUAAUGGGAUCCACAGAAGAGCCUCACAUUGGCAAAUCAGCAUCUCUGAUAGAAAGCCAACACCACCACCUGCUGCACUGCCUGGAAAAGACAACUGGAUUGUCCUAUCUUGUGGAUGAUCCCCUGUUAUCUGUACGAACUUCCACCAUGAAGAACCAUGAGUUUAUGGAUGAGCAGAUGUUUGAACAGAACUGCAGGGAGAACUCCAUGCAAAACUACCCAUCCAGUCGCAGUCCAUCCCUGUCCAGUCACCAUGGGCUCACCACCUCCUGCUGUUCCAGACGCAACAAAAAGACCACCCAUCUCCCUAAUUCCAAUGUGCCGGCUACAAGGUUGCGCAGCAUGCAGGAACUCAGCACUAUCCAUAUACAGUGCAGUGACCAACCAUCUUUAACAGCCAGUCGUUCCAGCCUAAACCUGAAGUCCGAAGAUGAGAUGAGAUCAAACUGCAAAGCUUCGCAGAUUACUACAGCAAUUAUUAGCAUCCCUACACCUCCAGCUCUGACCCCUGAAGGGGAAACCCGACCUGGGAGCCCACCUGGACGCUCCACAAAUAUUCACAGUACAAGCAACAUUGUGAAAGUUUCCGCUUUGUAAGACACUUAGUGGCGAAUCAAGGCUGCUGUACCUGCUUUUCUUUUUCACUGCAAAACCGUGGAAUUAGCAGUGAAAAAGUGACAAGCUUCCGCUAAACUUGCCAUUUACCAUCAUGGAAAGAAAGAAGAGUCUGAGCAACGGAAGUAUACAUACAUUCCUAUCUCCAUGCAUAUGGAUGUAUGUAUAUGGUGGAAGCCCUCUGCUAGGAAGUUUUAUGGCAAGUAGAGGAGUUAACACAUAGCAAAUUGACAACACUGUGUUUAAACACCUUUUUUUAAGGUUUUCAGUGGAUAAUAUUUAUUCAUAAAGAAAUAAUGUAGAAAAAUAUAUAUUACAAAAAUGGUUUAAAAAAGAGGGAGGGAAUUGACUGCAAGUCAUUUUUGCAAGUUGAACACUGAAAACAGGGGAAACUGUUUUUCUGUUGUUGUUUUUUGUUUAUUAGAAAAGAAUCAGGAAGCAAUCAACACAACGCAGCUUUUGCGUCAGUUCUCUAUAACAGGCGGACAGAGGGGUUUGGGAUAUGUUUUAAGAAAUCUGGAUUUUUCUUGUGUAUUCUGUGAGUUUGGAUAUGGAACUGUUCAGUGAACAGAAUAGCUCCUAGCACAUUUCAGACCCGGCACAUUGUAGAAGCGAGCACACAAACACAAUCUUCCCUCGCUGGUGAUCUUAAUUCUUAGAUGAUUUUGUUAUAGCCUUACAAGUCCAACAAGUGCAGACUGUGAUGUUGUUGGGUAAUUGUCUGUGAAACAGCUUAAUUGUUAAGCAAAAUGAAAAAAAAAAAAAAACAUGAAAAUGAUGCUUUAGUUACAACUAGGUUUCACAUCACCAGCCAUUUUCUGCUUUAUAGUUUCACUCCAGAGCAGUUUAAUAACUUUUCAGGUUCUGUAUUUCUGAGAAAAUCUUCUAAAUGGAGAUUUGUUUUUUCGCAUAUCUACUCACUUGUAAACUAUGUGAACAAACUGAGGUAAACAUUUGGAAAGAAGAGUUUGUCACAGGUUUUUUUGCCGCUGACUUUAGUGUAAAUAUUAAGAGUUACUUGGUGUGUUUGACCAUGUGAUUCCACCUCUGAUCUGUGAAUAAGAGGCGGCAUCUUUCACUCAUUCACUCUGUUCCAUAGUGGGAAUGGGCAAUGCAGUAUCAUCGUGUGUACAAAAAAAAUGUGACCAACUACUGUAUGUUUUAACAUUUUGCUUAGAACAGAAACUGAAUUAGACUCUAACCUUUAAAUAUUUUGAUGGAGACUUGGGGCUCACCCAUUUUAGCAUUGGGAAAUAUUAAACACUAGUUAUUGUUAUCAUUUUUAGAUGUGGAAUGUAAUAUAAUGUGGUGGCUGGAUAUGCUCAGUCAGGUCUU